AUGUCGUCGCUGCCGGUGUACCCCUUGCCUCGCUGCCACUUCAGGUCCUGGGCCAGCGACUGGCGAGGCCUGCGCUUGGGCUGCGGCACGUCCCAGAUCCCAUGGGGCCGCUUGAAGCGUCGCAUGCACCGCUGCCUGAAGCAGAACUCACAACGGCAGCUCAGGCCAGGCUGCAGCCCCGCGAGCUUCGUGGGCCCGUUGCGGCAAGCGCUCGCCUUUCCGGAGCGGCGGGCCCUCCAGCAACUCUGCAGCGCCCUGCAGCAGCCGGACCUUUGCCCGCCGCGGCGAUCGCUGAGGCCACUGGACUGGUCCGAGUGCUGGCUGGGUGUCGUGUCCGCCCUCGUGGCUGCCUUUGUAGCUGCCUUGGGCGAGACCACCGGUGCGGUGCGGAGGUUCCUGCUGGCUGCGGCUAGGACGUACUUGGCAGAGACGAAGGCGACGUCGUUGCAGGUGCCGACGUUGCAGGUGUUGUUGUCCGGUUGGCCCAUCUAUCCUCUGCUUGCGCAGCUGAACGCGCAUAGAGGAGGUACGGCUUGGGCCACGGCUCUCCAGCUCCGUGCGCACCGUCUGGCGCAGCGCCUGCCCUGCGCGGGCCACGGCGAGGAGCUGCGGCAGUGCCUCUGCCGCGCCCUGCGCCCCGUGGCCGUUGCUGCCUCGGCCGCGUGGCGUAGAGGCGAGUCUUUGGUGUCGCUGGCCCGCGGCUCCGCCGCUCAAGCGCUGCACCGAGCGCAGAAGCCUCUCCUGCUGCUGCAAGGGCACUGGGAUUCGCUGUGGCAGCCGGACUUGGUUCUCGGCGCCAUCAGUGCCGACGCAUGGCUGGGAGGCUUCGCGCGCCUCGCCGAAGAAGCUGAUCUUCACGCGGGCGGCGGGGGCUUCGGCUUCGGCUUCGGCGGGUGGGCGCGCACCUUCGAUUUGCAGGCGGCAGAAGCAGAGGAGGUCCCCGGCGUGGCCUUUGCGACGCUGCUGUCCGAUGAGGGCGACGCCGCCCAGUGGCUUGGGGCGGUGGAGGUGAUGUCCUGGUCCUUGACGCGCUUCCACGGGCGCAAGGGCAGACUUCUGGUGCCGCUUCUCGUCUUGUGCCAGGAGAGAUGCGGCCUCAUCCAUGCUGGGCUGCAAGAGAGGGGCUUGGUGCCUGUUUCGGCGCCCGAGCUCUCCAUCGCGGCGCUGCCAGAGAAGCGUCCGGUGCCCAGCCGCGACGGCUGGCGGCGGCUACAUCUCUGGGGCCUCACCGUCUUCAGGAGGAUCGUGUACUUGGACGCGGACACGCUGGUGGUUGGCAGCCUGCAGCAUUUGCUGCAGCUGCCCAGUUCCGUGCACUUCGCGGCGGCGGGCUUGGGCUUGGACCAUCAGCAAAUCCGCUUUCAGCGGCUGAACACCGGGGUCAUGGCCAUCGUGCCAGACCGGGCCCUCUUCGAGGCCAUGCGAGACACUUUGGAGCACGGCGUGCUGCACGCACACCCCGAGUUCCGACUGCAAGGAUAUUUGGACCAAGCCUGGGUGGACCUCUUCUUCCGCUACAUUUCCCGGCAGCCCCGGGGCGGGUCUCUCUCCGGUAGAGAUGGAUCUUCUGUGUGGGAGGUGUGUCCCCCGCUGGCCGCUGCCCUGCCAGCGGAGGUGCUGCAGCAGCCCUUGGAGGUCUUCGCUGGUGCUGGGGCGGCGGACCUGAACGUCUGCUUGCUGAGCCCUGGGGACAACUUCCUGGUGUCCUUCAACGGCUUGAACACCUGCAGCGACGAGGUCUUAGACUUCUGCCUGCGGGGCCAAGCCGUCGGUUCCGGCGGGCGGAUCAACGUGCUCCAUUGGCCCGGGGGCAUCUUCAAGCCCUGGCUGCACACCGCGCCCUGGAGCCGAUCUGCCCAGAUGCCCCGAUCUCGCAACUGA